GUUUUCGGACCCCCUCCCCUGUAUGUUUUUGUUGGGGGAAAAAAAAAAAAAGUUGUUGGUAGUUAGGUCGUGUGAAUGUGGCGUGUCCGUCGGUUUUUCUUUCGCCCCUCGGUAACAGCGGGGGAAUGCGAGUUUUCCACGUCUCUGCAGUCGGACAGCGAGCUUUUGAGCGGAGGUUGCGGCGCUUUUUACGUCCUCUGGCUCGGACUGAAAAUCUCAGUGGCCAUCAUCGUUUCACCUCUGCCGUCUCGUUAGCCACCUCAGCUAGCUGGAGAGCUAACUAAACCCCCCCCCCUCUCUCUCUCUCUCUCUCUCUCUCACCUCAACAAAGUUAAACGCUACCUCGCCUCAUAGUGUGUGUUUCUGGUGGCCACUUCCAGCUGGGGGAGAAAAAGGAAAAGGAGAAUUAAAAAAGAAAAAGAAAGAGGAAAGCAACGGUGAAAACAUGGCGGAAACCAAAAUAAUAUAUCACAUCGACGAAGAGGAGACGCCGUAUUUAGUGAAGAUACCCAUUGCUGCCGAGAAUAUCACAUUGCUGGAUUUUAAGCAGGUCUUGAACAAGCCAAACUACAAAUUCUUCUUCAAGUCUAUGGACCAGGACUUCGGGGUGGUGAAGGAAGAGAUUUCCGACGACAGUGCCAAGUUGCCAUGUUUCAACGGCAGGGUGGUGUCAUGGUUGGUAUCUUCGGACACUCCCGCAGCAGAGCCACCGGUGGCAGUGGUCCCCCCUGUGGAAACGACGACCCAGCCUUCGCCCCCUCCUCCGCCCCUCCCACCCCCACCUGCAGAGAGGACCGGGGGCAUCGGGGACUCCAGACCGCCCUCCUUCCACCCCAAUGCUACAGGCAGUGUGGAGACUUUGGACGACCAGACUGAAACAGAGUCUGUAGUUUCCUUCAGGAGAGAGAGACCUCGGCACAGAGAGAGCAUGGAGCAACACGGGCCUCGAAUGAACGGCCAGACUCGACUGGAGCGCCACCUGGCAGGAUAUGAGAGCUCCAGUACAGUGAUGAGCAGCGAGCUGGAAACCACCAGCUUCUGCGACUCCGAGGACGACGACACCAUGAGCAGGUUCAGCAGUGCAACAGAGCAGAGCACAGCCUCUAGGCUUCUUAAACGCCACCGCAGGCGCAGGAAACAGCGCCCACCACGUUUGGAGAGGGCCUCGUCCUUCAGCAGCGUGACCGACUCCACAAUGUCCCUGAACAUCAUCACCGUCACUCUCAACAUGGAGAAGUACAAUUUCUUGGGCAUCAGCAUUGUGGGCCAGAGCAACGAAAGGGGGGAUGGAGGCAUCUACAUCGGCUCCAUCAUGAAGGGAGGAGCUGUGGCUGCAGACGGACGCAUUGAACCUGGUGACAUGCUGCUGCAGGUGAACGACAUAAACUUUGAGAACAUGAGUAACGACGACGCAGUGCGGGUACUGAGGGAGAUUGUACACAAGCCAGGGCCCAUCAUCCUCACAGUGGCAAAGUGCUGGGACCCUUCUCCUCAGGGCUACUUCACUCUGCCUCGCAAUGAACCGAUCCGACCCAUUGACCCCGCAGCGUGGGUGAGCCACUCUGUGGCCAUGACCGGAGCCUACCCUGCCUUCCCUGGCAGCUCCUCCCUCAGCACCAUCACCUCUUCCUCCUCCGUCACCGAGACCGAACUUCUUUCAUAUCUACACAAGUCCUCUCAUCAGGGCACCGACACAGUAUGCAAAAGUUUCGAUGAUUUCAACUUAUCACUACACUCUGACAUGGCAUCGGUUGCCAAGGCCAUGGCCUCACCAGAGUCGGGUCUGGAGGUCAGGGACCGCAUGUGGCUCAAAAUCACCAUCCCCAACGCUUUCCUCGCGCCCACCCGUGACCUGGGCUCCGUACCCCCAGAGCUGACUGCGUCGCGUCAGUCGUUCCACCUGGCCAUGGGGAACCCCAGCGAGUUCUUUGUGGAUGUCAUGUAGUUUUCCCGUCUGGGUGUUGAGUGACCAUUCAUGUGAAGUUAGUGUACGGUCCCCACUUGUUUUGACGAGGAUCUGGUGGUAGCUUUUGGAGCUCACAAGGGCCUAUUGGAAUGAGGGCACUUGUUGCAAAUUUGGUGAGAACAGGGUUUAACAUUGACAAAGAAAAUAAGACAAAAUUAAAACACAGGUAAUGUGGGAUAUGUUCUGACUGUCUACAAAGUCUAGUUUCUCUCAUUCAAAUCCGCUGCGCAUCACAUUCUGUUUUCCAAACCUAAAUCUGGAAAGAUCAGUUCUACUUUCUUAUCUCCGUAGUGUUUGUCUCAAAAAGCAAACUGUCAGUACAGUAUUUUGAGUGCCUAUCAGAGCUGCUCAGCACUCUGGUUUUAGUCAAUAUAUAUAUAUAAUAUUUUCGGAAGGGAAGCACCUUCCCAAACCAGCCACUCUUGUCAGAGCUGUCCAUCCAGGAAGCGCACAGACCACAGUUUAACACUAGAGGGUGCCAGGUACACUGUGUACUUGAAAAGGAUACAAUCCUGUAUACAUAUCUGGAUCAUCAUGCCAGAUUCAUCGGCAGCACAGGAGUAUAUCGAGUGCCUUACUCUUUGCAUUUUUUAUUUUGUUUUUUUAGAGACAUUUUCACACUCCAGGUACAUAAAACAACUCCUAUUGUUCCAGCAUUGUUUGACAAUGAACUUCUCUGUAUAUAUCUACUACUCCUAAUGUAAAUGCAACAAUACAGAACAGCAAGCUCUAAUGUGAAAAGAAAAUAGGUCCAAAAAAUGUCAGGUGAACGUGUGUUUAGUAAUCACUGUCUAGGCCUAGUCGUUGAAUAACUCUUAUUGCGAGGAGUUCUCAGUAUGGGACUGUAGAGGCUUAACGGUACUAAUAGGUAAAAAAGACGAGAUGCUGAAAGCGGUACUUUUUGAUUACAUAUCUUAAGUAACUGCGAUCCCAACGCCCAGCUCCUCAUGCUUAUUUUUAUGUUACUGACUCGCAUUAUUCACCCAUUUCAUUUUUUGUAUGAGUGACUAUAUAAAUCAUGUAUAACCGAACUAUUAAGGUGCUAAAUGAAGAUUCAACAUUUCAAAAAGAAUGACAUUGACAGUGUCACAUUGUUUGAUUUCAUCACCUUGUUUUGCCACCUUUUGUUUGUGUAUUUGAGAAUAAAUUUGAUACAUACAA